CCACGCAGAAUAAUUAAUUCUAGGUUUGAAAUAUUUAACCCUCAAAAUGGCGGCAAAGUGAAAGGCAGUUUGGUGCAAUAUGAUACGAUUUUCUGCUCUUAACAAGCAAGAUAGUGACACUGGCUCUCAAUCAUGUCGUUCAGACAAAUCAUCUCAGCCAACAAGAGAAGCUCAAGAGUCAGCUUUGUUAAAGCUCUACCAUGAAGCUGUUAAGGAGCAACAAGAGGGUCAUCUUGAUAAGGCAAAGUCUCUCUAUUGUGACAUUCUUUGUUCUCCUGUCAUUGAAAAUGAUGAAGCUGGCGUCUUGCAGAAAAUAAAGUUCUUUAUUCUCAAGAAUCUUGCUAGUAUAGCGAAAGAGAGAGAUGAUAUGCCCACUGCUGUCUCAGCAUAUCUUGAGGCGUCAAAGAUUGAUGAUACUGACACUCUAUUGUGGUAUCAGUUAGCAGUGGCUGCUGGAUCAUUAGGUGAUCUCAAUAUCAUGAGAAGAUCACUGGAAAAAAGUAUUCAUUGUAAUAAUCAGUACUGGCCAUCUGUUGAUCUUUAUUUCACAGUAUUGUUAGCCCUCAAGGAUUACCAUGCUUGUCUUCAAGCUGUAUUGAUGGCUCUUCAGUUUAAUCCACAUUACUCUAGAGGUCUUUUUGUAUUGAAACACAUUACAAAGAUGAAUCCUAACUUCUUAUAUCAAGAACCAAAAUUAAGAAUACACCUUGAUGCUAAUCCUGUUAUCCCACCCAAUGAUAAAAUACUUGUUGAAGUAAAAGAGUUGCAAAGGUCUUAUCAAUUGCUUGAGCAGGUCACACUGCUACCUGAAUCAAUAUCACCCAACAAUAAGAUAAAAUUAAUGAGUGUUACUUCAUUGGGAAAGUUCCUCAUUUCGACUUAUCAGCAGUGCUUAAAGUAUUCAGAGAGAACUGGUCAGCCCUCACUGACAUGCAGUGUGUCAUUAUAUCAUGCUCUUGAUGAUGCUAAAACACAAGAUAUGAAAUCAGAUAAUGCUGGAGCUACUCCUGGACCUAGUGACAUAGUCUCUCCUUCUAAAGAGGUACCAACUGCAGAGAGGAAGAGACGCCUUCAAUUUGAUAGUGAUUUGUAUUCAGCACCAAAGAGACGAUCAACAAGAGUUAAAGGUAAAGAGAAAGAGACUCAGGAUUACUUUCAAAUGAUUCGUGAUUAUCUUCCCCCUCACCUGAGACUUAGUGAAUGUCCUGAUCUGAGUCAAGUAGCUCCUCUGGUUGCUAAGUCAAGUAAUAAAGAUAAGGAGGAAUCAUCUUCAAAAAAUGGUCCAGAUAAUAGUUUAAACUCAUUCAAUGAGUCAGUUAUUGUUAAAGAUUUCGUUGAGUCUCAUUAUAGCAACAAUGGUAUUGUUCAUCUUAUUACUGAGUUCCUUUACACAUUGUCGUCCUACUAUGACCAGAGAUGGUCAAAGACUGAUCCUCAAAUCUUCAUUGAAUGUUAUGAAUUGGUUCAUGUUCAUCUCAACUAUCCUUCAUUGUUCUGUGCAUCAACUGAUGCAGGUUAUGCUGAUCAACUCUUUAUGAUUGCUCUCUCUUAUUUGGAGCUUAAAAUUGAUGUCUCUUCCUCCUCAAAGUCAGCCCCUGCCCUCCUCAGCUCUUUGCCCUCAUGCUUCAACAAGUGUCUCCUGUUUGUACAGUAUUACCAGAAGAAGACACAGACAUCAAAAAUAAGAGUUGAGUGGCUCAAAGGAAAAUGGGCCUCAUUGAAAAAAGAUAAACAAAAUGCUGUGACAUAUUUUCAAAAGUGCAGUGAUCUAUUGGUUUCACUGAAGGAUGAUUCCACUGAUAUGGAGACUCAUGAUACGAAUGACACUAAUGCCUUUCCUACUUAUAUUAACCUGCUGAACUGUAAUAAUGACAGCAUCAUUACUGAAGCUAAAAUUGCAAGGAAAAUAGAAUCACUUGAGCAACUAAUAUCACUUGAAAAAGUACAGUUAUGUUAUGAGAAGGAGGAGUUAGAGAGUGUAGUAGAUAUACUGCUACCAUCACUUAGUCAGGAGUCUUAUACUGAAUUUUUCUUAGGUUCAUUACAGUCCAGUAGUACUGGUACUAGCUCUAGCAGUAGAGGGAACUCAAGCAACAGCAGUGGGUUUCAUGGUAUUCAGUAUCUCUUAAACUCUUUAUUCAAACUGAAUAGAUACAGUGAUUGUUAUUACUAUUCAGUUCAUUUUCUGAUUGAAUUAUUAAUAUGCUAUCAACGUGAUGGCCACUCAGACCAGUGGUGUAAGAGUCUUUCUUAUCUCUACACUACAAUCAGCAAGUGUAUUGAUUCUGAAACCAGUUUAUUCAUAAAGACAGAUUCUAGAGUAACACAAUUACUAGUCAUAUCUAUCAUAAAGACACUUUAUGCUGUACAAGAGUUAGUAGAUACUCCACAUAGCUCUCAUCUUCCUACUAUACUGCCAUGGAAGCUACUGCACACUGUAAUAUCAUUUGAUGAAUGGGUUGAUACUGAAGUGAUGUCUUCUCCUGUUCCUCCUACUCCUUCUAAUUUAUCUCCAUCACUUGAAACUCCUCCUCCUCUCCCUCCUUCUAUUCUACCCUCUUUAUCAUCAUCAGUUGCUACUCCUGCUACACUACAUGUGUCUUCAUCAACCAUAACUUCUCCUAAUUUAUCUCCAUCACUUGAAAGUCCUCCUCCUCUCCCUCCCUCUAUAUUACCCUCUCUACCAUCAUCAGCUGCUACUUUUUCAAAUUUAUCACUUUCACUUGCUACUCCUCCUAUUCUGUCUCCAUCGCUUGUUACUCCUCCUCUUCCUUCCUCUAUUCUACCCUCCACAGUUACUGCUCCUCUUAAUUUAUCACCAUCAGCUGUUACUCCUCCUAUUCUAUCGCCAUCAGUUGUUACUCCUCCUCCUCUUCCUCCCCCUGUCUUCCCCAGUUCACUUCCUGAUACUCCAUUAAUAUCUUCAGCUAUUGAUCCUAUAACAUCAUCCAUUGUUUCUACUCCUUCUCUUUUUAAUUUAACCGAAUCUCCAGCACCUUCUGCUCCUCUUUCUCCUCAAACUCUUGAUGCUACAUACUCAUAUACUCCAAUUAUUGAUACUCCAUAUAGCACACCUUCUCUUCUGAGUACUCCGCCUGUUUCUACUCCAACUCCUCCCACUAAUGCUAUAACUCCUCCCACUAAUGCUCCAACUACAAACUCACCUACCAUUGCUCCAUUCACAACUUCUCCUACACAACCAUCACCAUCACCUAAUAUCACUACUACUCCUUCACCUAUGACAGUAUCUCCAUUACCGUUAGCUACUCCUCCUGCCUCUAGUAGUGGUAUAUCAUUUAAUGUUCAGCCAUUAUCAGCUCCACCAGCUAUUGGUACAUGUACUAGUCUGUUUGCUCCUUGUCCUGGCAGUAAAUCAGUUAAUCCUCUUAGUUUUAGCAGCAGACGUGAUGUUGGACUGUGUUUCUUAAAGUUGGCUCAUGAUCAGUUAGGAAGCUAUUCUUGGUGCUGUCAAGAUAAAGGAUCAUUUCUAUUGUACAUAGUCAGCCAGUUACGGACUGAACUGAUGAGCUUAACCAACCUAACUCGAAACCUCAGAGAAAUGCUGCUGCUAGAGCUGGAGCAAUGCUACUACUGUCUGUAUGGUUAUCCUUCCAAGAAAGCUAAACAGAAAGGACUACUGGAACACAACAGUGAACAGAUAAAGAUCAAUUGGAGUGGAGCUUUGACCCUGAUUGAAUAUUUCCGUCCUCUUCAUAUCCCAACGAUUGAUGAUGUGAAAUCACCUGAUGUAACUCCUGAAUUGAUUAAUCUUUAUAAAAGACUGAUUGAAGUAGUCCCUAACGAAGGAAAAGUUGUUAGUGAUGAUGAUUUAUUGAAAUAUAUUGAGGGAUCGAUUCAUGAACUCAUGACAACUUCACCAAUUGAACAUACGUCAAAGAUAUCAGAGAUGUAUUAUUUGUUGGCUGAUGACAGUCUCAAACUAAUGGACAAUAAUAAAGCAAUCAAAUAUUAUCAGUUGACAUUGUGUUAUUCGCCUGACAAGUUUGACUCGUGGGCUGGACUGGCUUUGGCUAAAUCAAGAAAGAUCACUGACCGUAUUGAGAAUAGGGAUCUUGUUACUACAGUAGAGAAGCUAGUGUCUGCUAAUAUAAAUGGAGCGGUGAGAUGUUUCCAGAAAGCAUUAGAAAUUAACAACAGACACUGCUAUGUUGUGGAGAAGUUUGGGUUCUUUUGCUAUGCAAUGCAAUCAUUCGCUUCACAAAUUAAGAGUUUGCCUCAGUUAUAUAAAUCAAAAGGAACUCAGGAAUGGAGUCAGAAGCUCCUGCCUGAUAAACUAAGACUAGCUCAUGAUCAGUUCACUCAUGCUCUGUCACUGGAAGGAGUCUCUCAUGCUGAACCAUGGAUAUAUCAUUUCCUAUUGGGAAAGAUUAACUGGAAGCUGGAGAAACCGUUACAAAUUGUACUUAAUCAUUUUAUUAAAUCUGCUGAGAUUCUUCAUUCAGAAGGUGCAGUGUAUCCAGUAACUGUUGAAGUCUUAAGUAAAGGCCAUGCCAUUCAAGCAUUAGAGGUUCAUUAUCACUUCAUGUCAGUGUCACUAAAGGCAUUACUUUCACUCCCUACUGAUAAUCAUGGCCUCUCUCUCAAUCCUCAGUCCACCAGUAGACUAUCAAAUAUAAGAGAAGGAAUGCUCUCACUGAGAUCAAUACCACUGGGCAGACUCCACUUGACUGAGCUAUGGAACUGGUCUAAAAUGAUACUGAAGAGAUACUAUAGUAGGAAUGAUAGUAAUCCAGUCCCUAUUGCCUUAAGUAUUGCUACCUCAAGUACUGUUAUUCAAGGUAUAGAAUCAACUCCUACCCCUAGUACAGGAAUGGGCUCAAACUUUAAUCUCAGUGUUACCUCUACUGGUAACACUCUUAUGUAUACUGCUAAUCGUAGUGAAUCUGCUUCCACUUCUACUACUCUUAUAAGCUCCAGGGCAACAGGCACCGGUACCACUGAGACCACAACUCCUACCAUUGAUACUACUACUGAUAUAGACAUUGGUGCUACUCCUAUGGAGGUUACUCCCUGUACUUCUGUCAUGAAUACUGAGUCUCCUAUAGAUGAUAAUCCUACUGCUAUGGACACUGAUACUGCUCUUACAACUCCAAUAAGGAAAUCACCAGUGGAUAAUAUUGAUGUAGAAUCUAUGCCGCAAAUUGAGCCUAUUCCAAAGUUUUCUGUUUCUGAGUCUCCUCUUGUUCAUGAAGAAGAAUCCAGUGAUGAGGAAAAUGAGCUCUCCAAUAGGAUGAAUAAUGUCGAUCCCUUCACAGAGUGCUUGUAUGGGGUAUCACUGUGUGCUGUCAAAUUCCCAGCAUACUAUAAGCCAUUGUAUAGACUAGCAAGCACACUCUAUAAAAUGGGUCAACCUAAGGAAGCUAAGAAGUUUCUCCUUGGUCCACUCCCAAAAUGUUUUGCCACUCAAGAGAAACUGCAGCCUAUUUUUGCCUUAAAAUCAAACAUAUUCCAGAACAUGUGGCAGCUAAAGAUUACAGAAAUAAACAGGCCUGGUAAUUUCUCAUCACAUGCAAGAUCAUGUCUUCAAUUGCUAUUACAAGUGUUAUCAUCAUUAAAUGAUUUCUCAUCUCUAUUGUUCAUUGCACAGCAACUCAAAAACAAACCAGAUCAGACUAAACAAUAUCUGAGGGAAGCCGAGAGGCCAAUGAUGUACACUAAGGCUCUGCACUUGUGUGUCCAGACUUUGAAAUUGCUAACUUCAAAAUUAGGAUCAAUGCCCCACUGCCACAAAUUACUAAUUAAUGCUAACACACUUAGAGGCUUAUUGAUACGUGCAGAAGGCAAAAAAGAUGAAUCAGUCAAGACAACUGAACAAUGUAUGAUGAAACUGUUCAACAGAUUAUGGAGUGACAUGCAGGUAAGAGCACUAUUUAUAAAGGAUGGAUUCACUCUACCACAUGAGCCCACAAUGGACCUGUGUAUCAAGUACUGCUCACUGUCCAAGGACAAAGACUUUGCUUCCCUUGGCUUUGUACAACAUUAAUUUUGUCUUUUAAAAAUAUUUUUUUAAUUAAAAAAAAUUUGAUUGCUCUAAGUGAGUUUGAAGGUGUUCAUACUAUAA